AUGCCUCCAGCCGUCGCCGUCGUCGACGGCGACCCCAACUCUCGCUCGGCGACCCCAAACGUGGCCCAAUCUGUCACAAAUAAACGUUCCUUGCAGCCAGAUAUAAAUCCGAAACGUUCACCGACACCUCAAGUUGGCGGCGCACCGUCACCAGUCGUCGCUCAGGACCCCAACCUCUCAAUUCAGUCCAUUCUAGCCGCCUCGAAGAAGGAUGGGCCUACAAAUGGCACCUCCCAGGCAACAUGGCACCCCCCUCCGCCUCCCGCAACCUCUACCUCCACCGGGAAGCGGAAAUUGGAUGAAACCGAGUCAGAAGACACGCAUAGCAAGAUACGUCGAAUUGUUCGCGACCAUGUCUCUCAAGACCCCGCUCGCGUCGUGCCUAUGACCACCGUAAUAUGUCUCCACGCGGCCGUCGCACAGAAAUCCUAUGGAAGCGAGAAGCGAUUCCUCUGUCCACCGCCGAUUGUCCACAUAGAGGGCCCUGUCUGGCAUCUACGCACCCAGAGCCUCUCCAUGGCGGUCGUCUCUGAAACCGGAGAGAGGUCGUUUGAGCAGAAGGCGACGCUCGAUAACAACAUGGUCUCGAGCUUCAAGUUCCUUCAUGUUACAGGAACGGCGAAAGCUAAAAGCUUCCAGCUGUCCCUCGAUAUCGCAGAACCCCCACCCCCUUCCCUCAACCCAGAAGGUUCCGAAACCUCGGCGAAUGGACGCGUUUGGGCUACCUUCGACUCCGCCCCUGUGACCAUUAUCUCCAAGCCAUCCAAGAAGACCGCGAAAACGCGCAAUAUCUCUUCUUGCAUCCUGGCCGGAGGCCCAGUGUCGCUCUUCAAUCGCAUCAACUCACAAACCGUCCGUACCAAGUAUAUGACGAUCGACCACGGACAACUGUGCGCAAGCAACAUUGGCUGGUCUGCGUUUAAUGUCAAUGUCGUUCGCAGACCCGACGGGUCACCAAACACGAACGGGCCCCAGCCAGUAACCUACGGCUGCGAAAUCGUCCUGUCAGACACGCAAUCCGGUAUCUCAACCUCCCCUUUGGUCAUCCGGAAAGUUGACAAGGGUCGCGUUUCCCCCGACGACGGAGGUCCAGUUAGCCAGAUGCAGAAGAUUGCUCUUCAGAGAGUGAACCCAGAUGGCUCUCGGCAUUACCUCUCAGCCGCAGGUCCUCUUCCGGGUACACCUGGCGUAGUGGCGCCGCCAGCUCCAGGCAUGUCAACGCAGGCUGGCACACAUCCUCUUCUCUUCCAGAACCCGAGGAUUAGGGACGAAGUCAGGGAUGGGAUACGGGUUAUCUCUGACGAAGUUGAUGAUUAUUUGUGCUGGACCAUUGUUGGCAUUUCUAAAUUCCAGUACACUUUCUUCGAUGCUUUCGGACAAAACAACAAGAUACCCGAAACACCUAUCACGCCUUUCCCUACUUUGUUUACCGCCCCCGUCUACCGAGCCGCAAACAACACCAUUGAACUCACCGUCUCCAAUUUCUUCUAUGCCCACCCUAAAACCAGGAUGCAAACUCCGUUGGAUGUUUACCUAGGCAGCCUGGGUCCCUUGCACACGCGUGUGUAUCAGACAAGUCCCCCUGGCCCGCUAACGUCCAUCUCGCCCUUCGUUCCUGUCACUCCGGUGGAGGUUCCGCCUCCUGCGGGUGAUCCUAAUGCCCCUGCCAAUCGAUAUGUGUCCACUGGCCCCUUACACACCAUCGUCAUUGUUGAAUUGCCUCCGCUGGCCGAUGUCAUCAAAGCCAUGGAAGACGAACCAGUGCCGACAGCCUCUGACGUGUCGGGUAGCAAGCCUCACCAGGAAAGCGAAGGUCAGGAAGGCGUCCCACCGCCACCACCGCCGCCACCUUCAAUGGCUGGACGAAGCCUCCCAUUGCUCUUUAUCCGCUCAAGUGACGGUGUAGGGUAUCACUCGGGAAGAACUAUAGCUUGCGAGCCGAUCCAUUACUCGCUGGAUCUUGCAGCUAUGGCUCCCAAUGGGCCCAACGGUGUUGAUCCGCAAUGGCUGGCAGCUGCUCAGGCUGCGGCAGCCGCGGAUGGAAACAUGCAGCCUUGGACCCUGAGAGUAAUGUAA